CUGCGUGGUCCCCCUUCUUUACUGUCCGGGUGGAACAAAUACGCGAUACAACCAACAGCUCCCCGUUAUAUUGCUGUAAUAGCCACUUAUGGUUCAGCUCUGUACUCUGGGAGCAUAGUGUUCCGGUACGGCUGUUCACGCCGUACUGUGGCCCGCCCCAAGUUCUUCCGGGACAUGGGGGACACUUUACAAUGCUACACCAUACUGCUCCGCGGGCCAAGGUGGCUGAUUGCAGACCAAUAGAAUAUGGCUGGGCAAAUAUCAGAAUCUGAUCAGAUCAAACAGUUCAAGGAGUUUCUUGGGACGUACAAUAAACUUACAGAAACCUGUUUCCUGGAUUGUGUGAAAGAUUUCACUAGCAGGGAGGUUAAAUCAGAAGAGAUGACGUGCUCAGAACACUGCUUACAGAAAUAUUUAAAAAUGACGCAGAGGAUAUCCAUGAGAUUUCAGGAGUAUCAUAUUCAGCAGAACGAAGCUCUAGCUGCCAAAGCAGGACUUCUUGGGCAACCUCGUUAAACAAAAGAGAAUUCUAUUCCAACCUUGCUUUAAAGCAAUGCCAAUGUUUGUUGGAUUGCAAGUGGAGGUGUUCUGUUGUGGGUGUGUCCACCAGCUCACAACAGAGUUUCAGAGACCGUUUGGCACAUGGAAACCAUUGGGGAAACAAUUAUGGGCUAUACCAGGAGUUGGUAAUGGCCAGCUGGCGAACAGAGCCUAUUUCUGAGGUCCUUUUUUACUGUGCAAUGGAAUAAUGUUGAUACAACCAUUUCUAGAGGCCUGCAGACUGGUUAUGCUGGUCACUACAUUGGGGGCAGGGGAGGGAGAGGACCAUUUUUUUCUUUCUUCCACUACGACUAUUAAUUUUAAUGCAAAAAGUGCUGUACAGAAAUAUAUACAAAAAUGUCUUCAAAAUGUUUUUAUUUAAUCAAAGUACAAUAAAUGGGAACUGUUCA